AUGAAUCAGACUCUGAACAGCAGCAAGGCCUCAGAGUCAGCCCUAAAUGCGCAGGGCAUGACCUACUUGGCAGUGAGCUCCCUGGUCAUGUUCACCUGUGUAUGCGGGAUAGCCGGCAAUGGCGUCGUGAUCUGGUUGCUGAGCUUACGCAGGGAGAGAACCCCCUUCUGUGUCUAUGUCUUCAACCUGGCAUGGGCUGACCUCCUCUUCCUCCUCUGCAUGGCCUCCAUACUAUGUCUAGAAAUCAUCCCCUUAAGCCACACCUGGACAAGGUGGGACCUGGCCUACGAUGUGGUGAGGAGGGUGAAGUACUUUGCCUACACUGCCAGCCUGAGCCUGCUGACAGCCAUCAGUGUCCAGCGCUGUAUCUCAGUUCUCUUCCCCAUCUGGUACAAGUGUCACCAGCCCCAGCACCUGUCCACCGUGGUGUGUACACUGCUCUGGGCACUGUCCUUCCUCAUGAACAUGCUGGCCUCUUUCCUCUGUGCCAGAUUCUUGCACUCUGACCUGACCCAGUGUUUCACAGUGGACAUGGUCCUGAAUGGCCUCAUCAUGGGAGCCUUCACCCCUUUGAUGGUCCUCUCCAGCCUGAUCCUCUUUGUCCGAGUACGGAAAAGCUCAGGGCAGUGGCGGCGGCAGCCCAUGCGGCUAUAUAUGGUCAUCCUGGCCUCCGUGUUUGUGUUCCUCAUCUUCUCCCUGCCCCUCGGCCUCUACUGGUUCGUCUUGUACUGGGCGAACCUGCCCAAUGAAGUGACGCUCCUGUACACCUGUGUUUCACGCCUCUCCUCGGCCUUCAGCAGCAGUGCCAAUCCCGCCAUCUACUUCUUCGUGGGCAGUCGGAGGAGCCAGAGGCUGAAGGAGUCCCUGGGGACUGUGCUCCACCGGGCACUGCAGGAGGAGCCUGAGCUGGAAGGAAGGGAGACAACUUCCUCGGGCACCAGCGAGCUGGGGGUCUGA